CUGAGUCAACACAAAAAGCUAGCUGACUUAAAGUGCAAUUUGAUUGGUGUAAGCUUUUAAAAGUGUUAGUGGUAAUAUUAGUCGAACUGUGAUGGCCAUCCGAGUAAGUUGGUUUUCAGAAGAGAUACCAAUAAUCCAACAACCUGCAACUACGUGUUGGGCAUGGAGUAUUCGCCCUUUGAUUAUCUGGCUCCGCAUCAUUGGCGUGGAUCUUCCGGACACUUCAACUCCAUCCACCCAACGCAACCGAUGGCAUAUUUCCGUUUACAGGGCCUUUUGCUUUUUGCUCCACGCCUCUUGCCAGAUUAAUAUUCUACGCUAUUUAUUCAAUACGGGGUUACAAGUUUUUCUAUACCAAACCGACGACCUAGGCUUUGGCACAACAACCGCAAACUGGAACUGGAUUAUUGAUUUUACAAAUUACACUAUUCAUGGAGUUGGAAUUCACCUGGUGCUGCUCACUGUCAUCCGUUUCCAAUGGAUCGAUACGAUGGAAAUUUUUCAACGUUUGAACGCCAUUUUCACGGAAGAAAAUUACAUUGGAAUACGCAAAAUUUCCUAUUGGGGUGUCAUUUACGUUAUCGUGCUGGUAAGAACGAUAUGGGAAGUCAAUAAUUUCAUUUCAACAAUUCGAUUUUGUUCCAUACAGAUUUCUACACUACUUGCUGCUUCAACGGAUUACGCCUUGCCGUCCGGAACUUCAGUUUCUCACAGCGUCUUUAUCAAAAUGACGGCAGUCCUAUCAAUAACUUAUCCUUUGACAGCCAUAGUAAUAUUUGCUAUCCACUGCUACGCGUCGUCUCUAGCCUUUGAGGAGAUUCGGAAGGAAAUUAAGCGCUAUGAAAUUGAGCUAAUCAACGGUCCAAAUCAUGACGUCAGCCUCUUGUUGAGUGUUUUCAAACAAAAACACAUCAUUGCUUGCGAUACGGUCGAUUCCAUCAAUAACACUUUUGGCUGGAUGCUGCUUUUCUCUAUGACUUUUUUCUUUGUGGUUGUUAUCAACGCAAGCUACGCAGUGUUUGGCCUACCGGAUCACACGACCGUAGCGGAUAUUUCGUUUUUAGCAUUUGCUCUCGUUCAUCUGCCUCUCAUUUGCUUUGCUGCAGAUCACAUUUCCAACAAGGCUGAAAACAUGAUCAAAGAACUGAUGAGGCUGAAAUUUGCGGAUGAGCCGUUAAAGGGAUACGAAUUGGAGGUACAAAAGGCAUCUGGAUGCAUCCAGCUUAAUUGUGCCACAAAAUCAGCUAUAUUCUUAUUCUUAUCGUCAUUUUGGCAGGUGGAAUUUCUUAUAGUGGAUAUGGUGGAAACGAUUCCACAAAUCAGCGCCAAGGAUUACUUCAAAGUGAACAAAAGGCUUUUCCCUCAAGUGAUUGGAACGACUUUAACUUACUUUUUCAUUCUACACCAGUUUAAGGCUUCCGAAAAGAAACUUGAUCCUGAAGAUGAUGAAUCAUAUUAUAAGUAACAUAUUAAUCAUCUUACCUAAGUUAUCAUCGCAAUCAACGCAAUUAUUUUCGCUAGAAAAGCUAUUCAAGACAGGAAUCUAUUCAUUAAAUUUCCUUGAUUUGUAUCACAUAAUUUUAUUUCUCCCGCGGUAAUUCCAUUCUAUUUGUACUGGUGUCUUGAUGAAAACACUUUUUUAAAUAUAUGGCUCUCGAAGUCCC